CCUCGAUCCGAUCGUGGGGAGGAGCGGGGGCAAUGUCGUCGCCGUCGCCGUCGCCGCCGCCUUCGUCCGACGCGGCGGCGGCGCACCAGCAGCACCGCCGCCCCCGGCACCAGGCCGCCGCCGGCGGGAGCGGCCUCGUGCCGCUCGCCGCGCUCAUCAAGGAGGAGGCCCGCGCGGAGCGGCCGCUGGGCAGCGGGAGCAGGAUCUGCGCGCGCGGGGAGGAGGACGCCGCCGCCGAGGGCCGGGGCGGGUGGCGGAGGCCGCUGCUGCGGUACGGGUGCGCGGCGCAGUCGAAGAAGGGGGAGGACUUCUUCCUCCUCAGGACGGACUGCACGCGGCCCUCCACCUCUGCCUCGUCCUCCUCGGCGGCGUCGUCGCCUCCACCCACCUUCGCCGUGUUCGCCGUUCUUGAUGGGCAUAAUGGUAACGCCGCCGCAAUAUACACAAGGGACAAUCUGCUCAAUCAUGUCCUGAGUGCGAUGCCAAGGGGGCUCUCCAGGGAUGAGUGGUUGCAUGCGUUGCCCCGUGCGCUUGUCGCGGGAUUUGUAAAGACUGACAAGGAAUUCCAAAGCAAAGGACAAACUUCAGGCACAACUGCCACGUUUGUGAUCAUCGAUGGAUGGACUAUCACUGUUGCGUCAGUUGGUGAUUCUCGGUGUAUUUUGGAUGCUCAGGGUGGCGCUGUUUCUUUGCUUACUGUGGAUCAUAGACUAGAAGAAAAUGUGGAGGAGAGGGAACGUGUCACUGCGAGUGGAGGUGAAGUUGGAAGGCUUAGCGUUGUUGGUGGGGCAGAGAUUGGUCCACUGAGAUGCUGGCCAGGAGGUUUAUGUCUAUCAAGAUCUAUUGGAGAUAUUGAUGUUGGAGAAUUUAUAGUUCCUGUUCCCUAUGUAAAGCAAGUGAAGUUGUCAAAUGCUGGAGGGAGGCUUAUUAUUGCAUCGGAUGGCAUUUGGGAUGCCUUGUCGUCAGAGGCAGCUGCUAAGUGUUGCAGAGGUUUGCCUGCUGAGCUUGCUGCUAAGCAAGUUGUUAAGGAGGCGCUCAGGACAAGAGGGCUAAAAGAUGAUACAACCUGCAUCGUUGUUGACAUAAUCCCACCUGAUCAAACAAUACGGCAUCCAUCUCCACCAAAAAAGAUAAACAAGUUGAAGUCUUUAAUCUUUAGAAAAAAGGCAAAAGACCAAACUAAUAAACUGACUAAGCAGCUGUCAGCAGUGGGUAUGGUAGAAGAGUUAUUUGAAGAAGGUUCAGCAAUGCUAUCAGAGAGGUUGGGCAGUGACUCAAGUGGUCGGAGAACAUCAUCAAGCUUGUUUACAUGUGCCAUCUGCCAGGUAGACCUGGAACCAAGUGAAGGGAUAUCAGUUCAUGCUGGUUCGAUCUUCUCUUCCAGCUCGAAGCCAUGGGAAGGACCUUUCCUUUGUUCCGAUUGCCGUGACAAGAAGGACGCCAUGGAAGGUAAACGACCAAGUGGCGUCAAGGUUCUAUGAUAUCAAUUACAAUCAACCACCAUUGUAGCUCCCGCAAACACUCACCUUGUUUUUCAUUGUGAGCGCUCGUGUUACAGUUUUUUCUUCUCGAUUUUAGGCGAUUCGGAUAAUUUUAGGCUGCAUUUUAAUUUAUUAUGUGAGGAACUAGCCGUCAUGUUGUAAGUAGUAUUGGGGAAAGGAAAAUGUGAAGCGAGUGAAUAGAGUAUGUCUCCAUUUUUCUGUUGUAGGGUGCUUGGACUAACUGCAGCUUGCCUCUCGCGAGUUGAGUAUGAUAGUUCGAUUAUUCUUUAUUUGUAACUUAUCGGUGCCUUUAUUGCCAAUGGAAAAUCUAUUCUU